ACCAUCAUUUUUGAAUGGAAUGCAACUUGAUGGAUAUAAUGAAGAGUUGCAACUAGCAUUCAAAUUCCAUAGUCGGCAACAUUAUAUUCUUAAUUCAAUGUUUCAUAGGAGAGGUGAUAUAGAUUUGGAGGAACAAAAAUCACGAGAUCAGAAGAAGCGGGAUAUAUGCAAGGAGCAAG